AAAUGCCCCUGUCCCGAGGCGUCAACCCUUCGCCUAAAAACACCUUCCCUCCCUACCCUCCACCCCCCCUCUUCCGCCCGCGGCGGCUCAAACUUAAACCCUAGAGCCGCUCCCCUCCUCGCCUCCGAAGCGCUCGCCACCCGAUUCGCGAGUCCCCUCCUCCCAGGGAGGCGCUUCCGCGAAGGUCCGCUGCUGCGGUCAUGGCUCGCGUCUACGUGGGGAAUCUGGAUCCGCGCGCCACUGCGCGCGAGAUCGAGGACGAGUUCCGCGUGUUUGGGGUUCUCAAGAGUGUGUGGGUUGCUAGAAAGCCACCAGGAUUUGCUUUCAUUGACUUUGAUGAGACCAGGGACGCAAAGGAUGCAAUUCGUGAAUUGGAUGGCAAGAAUGGGUGGAGAGUUGAGCUGUCAACCAAAUCUGGUAGUGGCCGUGGCCGAGAACGUGAACGCUCUGGAGGUUCUGAUAUGAAGUGCUAUGAGUGUGGUGAAAGUGGCCACUUUGCACGAGAGUGUCGCCUACGGAUUGGUUCUGGGGGCCUGGGUAGCGGAAGACGCCGCAGCCGGAGCCCGAGGCACCGCAGCCGUAGCCGUAGCCCAAGAUACCGCAGGAGCCCAAGCUAUGGCAGAAGGAGCUACAGCCCACGGGAUCGGUCUCCCAGGAAGCGAAGUUACAGCAGAUCACCACCGCCUCCCCGGGCGCGGAGUAUCAGCAGGUCUCCACCACCUGCCCGUGCGCGAAGCAUCAGCAGGUCUCCACCGCCGGCCCGUGGGCGAAGCAUCAGCAGGUCACCGCCGCCUGCCCGUGCGCGAAACAUCAGCAGGUCACCACCGCCUCCUCGCGCCAGAAGCAUCAGUAAGUCACCACCGCCAGCCCGUGAACGGAGCUAUAGCAGGUCCCCAGCACAGCCACCCCAGCGUGAGGAGUCCCCUUAUGCUGAUAACGCGUGAGCACUUGGUUCCACAAUGCUGGAAGUGUUGGGGGGCGGGGGCCUCCACUUGUUUCCUUGAAUGUUUCGGUAUGACUAUUGAAUGGCCAGGCGGCCGAGUAUUGUUCUUCGCUGGCAUUUGUGUUCUUUUGCUGCUGAUACAAUUGCGGAAGCGGGAUUUCUCUUGACUGUAUGACUCUAGCGUAUGUAGUUGGUCUUGAGACAAGAUAUGUUUUCUUUUUCUGUAACAUUUGUACUGUUGGAUUAUUCGGAUGCUGUGCAUGGAUUUUUAUGUGCUGAUGAAACUGUUUCUUGAA